UAUAUUUGACAUAAACUCAUCCUUAAUGAUUAAAUUUAAUUUACAUAUGUACAUAUUUGCUCAAAACAAUAAUUAAAACACAGGAGCUGGAAUUCUAGAAAAUCUUCCUCACUCUCCGAUCCAUGCUUGGUGUGACGAUCCGAACCACAAAGGUCAGAACAUGGGAAUCUUCUACUCCGCCGCAAGAGACCCAAUUUUCUACACCCAUCACGCCAACGUCGAUCGCUGUAGUCAAUCUGGAAGUCCAUCAACUGAAGGCGCAAAGACAUUCCGACCCCGAUUUCCUCAACACUUCCUUACUCUUCUACAACGAGAAAGCUGAACCCGUCUGUGUCUACGUUCGUGACUCUCUUGACACUAAAAAACUCGGCUACGUCUUCCAAUCUAUUGACAUCCCAUGGCUCAAAUCUCGCCCCAAGCCUCUUAACAAGAAGGUCAAGUCCAAGAAGUCUAUUGCUGCUAGCAUUGUCCCAUUCGGUGUUGGUGCAGCCCUUGAUGAAAAAGCAAAGUCGAUACACUUAAGAAUAAAAAUGCUUUGUAGAAGGAGGAAUAAUUGGCAAGAGAAAAUCCUAACUUUUUAUAUAUAUGACUCCAUGGUUUUUUGAGUACACUAUUGGAAGUAUAUAUAGAAAGUUUGGGAGGAAAA